AUGCUUCUGCUCGGUUGUGUUCAAAUCGAUUUCAUUCAAAGGCCAAGGUUUAUUUUGAAUGAUCCGCCAAUCAUCUUUGAGAUAAUUUUCUUCACUCAUCUCCUCGCAAUCAUCUCGAUUCACUCAAAGCGACCAUUUUUCAUCCAACUCUACCUGAAAAUCUGCUUAUGGUUUGCCGGCCUUGGGUUAUUGUUCACCGCCGGUGAGGCGACCUUAGCGUUGAUGACUGACCAUAACCGGGAUUUCGAUGGACGUGCAAUUGUAGUAAUGCUUCUCACUUUGGCUUUCUUUGGAAUUCCGUGGAUAUGGCAAAUGCUUCUCACCUAUUCCUACUAUCAGUGGAUUAGAGAUGAACGACUCAAAGUGGAGGAAUUGAUGAAUCUCUCGUCUCCUUUCUCGAUCUCGAUUGAGAAAGGAGAUUUAUCAUUCUCGGGCUCGUUGUUGCAACAGAGUCAGCAAAACCGUGUAGCUCAACACAGCAAUGAAACUUUCAGACAAAUUGGAUCUUCUCUCGCAAAAGAUCCUGAAGCGCAGACUCCUCAAAAUUUCCACCGUUUGACGUUCAAGCACACUGACUGGCUGCCUGGACCGAAUCUCCGCCUCGAUCUCUACAACUCACUUUUUCCGAUUGAUGAACUGGGUUAU